GACAGCAGUGCUGUGUGUUUGAGGAAGAGCGCGACACGAUGUGGACUACUCUUUUUCUCGUCACAAUUUAUGUGUCCCAAGCUUGUGUUUUGUCUGAUUCAGCGCUCACAAAUCGUGGACUGACUUGUGAUGAUGUCCUCAACCACUGUAAAGCCCAGCAGGAGUAUCCUUGGACCAGGUGUUAUACAAAAAAAAUUGCAAACUGCACAUUAAAAGGACGUUUCACCCCCCCAAACUUCAUCCUGAAGAAAGUGAACAUAUCAAAAGAGACUGAGGGCAACAUUACUUUACAACACAGAGUUCACAUUCCAUCCUCGGCUCUAAAGAUGAGCAGAGGAAAUGGGUCCGAAGAGGAGGUCUCUCUGGUGUCUACAGUGAUUGACAGCUCUUAUUUUGACGAUGUGGCUAAGACGAAAGGACGAAGUCUAAUCUACCCACCUGUCCACACACAAGGCAUAGUUUUGGGAGGGUUAGUUCUGGUAGUGAAGGUCGGAAAUCAUCCAGUCAGAAACCUUUCAGAGCCAGUUCAGCUGUUCUUCAAAUACAACAAAAUGGUGGAAAAUCCAGCUUGUGUUUUUUGGGACGAUGAAAAUAAAAGGGGUCAGUGGAGCAAGGAGGGCUGUAACAUCACUGAUGGUGGAUCUGAAUUUAUUUGCAGCUGCGACCACCUGAGCUUCUUUGCUGUGCUUGUGAACCCAGAAUUAAAAGUGGAUAAAAAUAAUGCUGUGAACCUUAGCUAUAUCUCCUAUGCUGGAUCAGCGCUCUCUGUUGUCUUCACAUUCAUCAGUUUGAUCAUCUAUAUUUGUCUACAUCGCCAGCGUCCUGAGAAUGCCAUAUGUCUCCAUAUGCACCUAACAGGGGCAUUGCUCUGCCUCCACCUCAUCUUCCUGCUCGGCAGUUUCUUGGAAGGGCUGCUGCAUUCAUCAUACAUGGAUGACUGGCGUUGCAGUGUUCUGGGUUUCUUUUUACAUUGGUCCCUGCUGGCCACGUUCACUUGGUCUGCUCUAGAAGGAUUCCAUCUCUACCUUCUCCUUGUACGAGUGUUUAACAUCUACGUCAGAAGAUACCUACUCAAGCUCAGCUUGGUUGGAUGGGGACUUCCUACACUAGUUGCUGUGGUGUGUGCAAUUUCAGGUGUUUAUGGCAAAUACACUCUGACUGAUAGCAGCGGCCAAACUUCAGUAGCACACAUGUGCUGGAUGAGCAGCCAAUUCCCACACAUGCUUUUAGUGAGCUACAUCACUACUGUGGCCUUUCCAUGCCUGGUGAUACUGUAUAAUUCUUGCAUUUUGGGUGUCGUGGUCUUUAAACUCUGGGGAGUAAGAAGAAGUCGUAGAGGCUUUGAGAAAGAUGGUAGCUGGAAUAAAAACAGAGGGAAAUGGACUGGGUUGUGGAAGGACUGUGCCACAGUAGUGGGCCUCAGCUGUGUCCUGGGCUUACCUUGGGGUUUAGCCAGCACAACAUACAUUCUUCCUGGGAUCUACGUAUUCACUAUAUUCAACUCCCUGCAGGGUGUAUUUGUGUUCCUGUGGUCUGUGGCUUUGAUGUGCAAGCCUAGAUCUGACGAUAACUCAUCAACCAGAGACCACUCUUCGCAGAAAAUGAUGACUACCAGUUUCAAUAACUGAUCCAAUAACUAUAUCACGUGUUAGGGGUUACUUGAAUAAGCAUGAUGCACAAUUAAAGCUAAACUCAAGACUGUCUCAACAUUUCCCGUUGCUGGAUUCAGCCUUCUGGAAGCUAAUGCUUACUGGCAGAAUUCACACAUCAGAGAUCAUCAAAGCCAAAGUCAAUUCUUGCAUCCUUCUGUGUUUCUGUUUUAUUUACUUAAACUUUGGUAACACAAUCGAGUUAUUGUAGAGGUUUAGUGUAAUUUCACUCCAACUAUGCUUUCUAGGAGACUAUAGAAAAAUUUACUUUAUGAGAUGUUUCUUUCUUAUUUUUAUAUAAUGUCUACAGCUGCAGUUAAAAUAAAUAUUUCUAAUGCUUG